UCGGCGGAGUUCCUCCUUAGAUUGUUAUCGCAGUGUGAGAACGGCUGUGGCUGUGGCUGUGGCUGUUCGCGGUGUAUUGUCUCGUAUUUAUGGACAUUCAGCGGGAUCCCAUCCUGUGAAUUUUGAUAUUUAAAGCCCUCUGUCAUCGUCGUGUUUAAUAAGCGUAGCAGCGAAGUAGUCGUGAAUGUUGGUAAAUAACGGACAGUAACGUUAGAUGUUGACAGCUGCGGAUUUCAUAUCCAGACAUGGUGCUUUGACAGAAGUGAUGCUUCAUCGCCAGUAUGGAGUCUUUGAUAUUUUAUUUAGUGUUAUUAGCUCCACUUUUUAUCCAUUGUGCGGUGAAACCAGCAUCUGUUGAAGAAGACCUGAGAAAUCAGGAAGAGGUACAAGAGUUUGAUGAGCUCAGCUCCAUACUGUCAGACUUUGAAGUGGUGCCUGCAUCAGAUCUCCAGCUUCACUCGGUCAGGAAGAGGGACGUUGAUGCCCGAUCACAUGUGGAGCGGCUGGUCAGCUUCACAGCACUCCAGAGGCACUUCAAGCUGUACUUGACAACCAACACAGACAUUUUCACUGACAAUUUCAAGGCUGUAUUCUUAGACAAGAAUGGAAAAGAGGACCAAUUUGACAUUCAGCUACAGAAUUACUAUAAAGGACACGUAGUGGGAGAGGAGCACUCGCGUGUGCAGGCACACAUAGACGGGGAGGAGUUUUCAGCCCACAUUCUUACUGAAGAGGCUGAAUAUAAUGUAGAGCCCUUGUGGCGGUUUACAGAGUCGCCCUCCGAUGGCCGUUUGCUGGUGUACCGUUCAGAGGACAUUAAAAAUAUCAGUCGACUGUCCUCACCCAAAGUGUGUGGAUAUGUGAACGCUGACGCUCAGGAGCUCCUGCCAGAAGAGGCGAGAGCAGCAGGACAGAAGAAACAGGAGGAGGAGCCUCACAACAUAGAGAGAAGAUCUGCACACGACCACAAGAAGAACACCUGUCCGCUGCUGUUAGUGGCAGAUCAUCGCUUCUACAAGCACAUGGGCCGUGGAGAGGAGAGCACCACCCUCAACUACUUGAUUGAGUUGAUAGACAGAGUGGAUGAUAUAUACAGAAACACAUCCUGGGAUGAAGAUUUUAAAGGCUACGGUGUGCAGAUUCAACAGAUAAUCAUAAACAAGGAGCCCACAAAAGUUGUCCACGGAGAGAUUCAUUACAACAUGGAUGGCAGCCCAUUUGGAAGAAAGGACGGUGUGUGGGAUGUGAAGAAGCUUCUAGAACAAUUCAGUUAUGACAUUGCAGACAACGCCUCUACUGUUUGCCUUGCCCAUCUCUUCACCUAUCAGGACUUCGAUGAUGGCACUCUGGGUCUGGCAUACGUGGCUCCUUCCAAACAGGGAUUGGGAGGACUCUGCCCUAAACCCUACUAUCCAUCACAAAGCGUCAGGAAACCCAGCUACCUAAACACAGGCUUGACAAGCACCAUGAAUUAUGGGAAAACUAUUCUGACUAAGGAAGCAGAUCUUGUAACAACUCAUGAACUCGGGCACAACUUUGGAGCAGAACACGAUCCAGACAACAUACCUGCCUGUGCGCCCAGCGACGACCACGGUGGCAAAUAUGUCAUGUACCCAAUUGCAGUCAGCGGAGAUCACGUCAACAACAAGCGCUUCUCCAACUGUAGCAAGUUCUCUGUCAGUAGGACGUUAAAGGUCAAGGCCCAUCAGUGCUUUAAGGAGAGGAGCAGUAAGCUGUGUGGGAACUCCCGUGUGGAGGAGGAUGAAGACUGUGACCCUGGACUCCUUCAUCUCAAUGAUGACCCCUGCUGCACAGCUAAGUGCAAAUUCAAGAAGCAGGCACAAUGCAGUGACAGGAACAGCCCCUGCUGCAAGAACUGUAAGUUUGAAAGUACAGAUAAGAUCUGUCAGGAGACCAUCACCGCCACCUGCAAGGGCACGUCAAGGUGCACAGGCAACAGCAGUGAGUGCCCCACCCCUGGUAACCUGGCUGAUGAUACGGAGUGUGUGGACAAGGGCCGAUGUCAGAAGGGCGAGUGCAUGCCUUUCUGUGAGGCCAUACAUAAUCUUGAGUCCUGUGCCUGCAAUGAGACUGAGAACUCGUGUAAAGUGUGCUGUAGAAGCAGUAGCGGGCUGUGCACUCCCUUUGACAGUGAUGGGUCAUUUAUUUACCUGCGCAAGGGCAAACCCUGUACCGUUGGCUUCUGUGACGGAGCAGGUAAAUGCAUGAAGCACGUCCAAGAUGUCAUCGAACGUUUAUGGGACUUCAUUGACAAACUGGACAUCAACACAUUUGGGAAGUUCUUGGCUGACAACAUAGUUGGAUCAGUGGUGGUCUUCUCUCUCCUCUUCUGGAUUCCCCUAAGCAUACUGGUGCACUGUGUGGACAAGAAACUGGAUCAGCAAUAUGAGGAAAACUCCAAAACCAUGAUGUACCCUAGUCAGAUGGUGGUGGAGGUGUGUAGUAGAGCUCUCAACUCAGAGCGCAGCCGCAGAGAUGAUGAGCGGUCUGGAAUCGGCGCCCAUCCGCUUUGUGAAGGCCCCUCAUCUGCAUUCAGCGGCAGCGCAACCUCAGCCCUCGCUAGGCCCCACAGGCCUGGCACAGGAGACGCUCGCCGGCCCAGACCCUGCCAACCUCUCCGCCGCACUCAAAGCGGAUCCGCUGCGAAUGGCCACAAUCGAGGAGGACUCCAACGGAGACUCCUCUCACCUGGACGAGGAGGCCGGCUUCCGUCAAAGCGGCACAGCUGCCAGGUCCUUCGAGGACCUCACCGGACAGUCAACGCCAUCCCACGGGGACAAGAGACGGCUGACGAGACAGGCACGCAUUGACAGUAAGGAGACGGAGUGCUGAGACUGACACUGGCAUGAGUCAAAAAUGACUUGAGCUGUGAGGAUUAGGGUGCAAUCAGGCUUCAUUUUGUUGGUGCAUUUAAAAGUGUACGUGAUGUGUAAACUGCUGACACAUUUUGGUUGGUUCUUAGAAAUUGUGUAGCAUUCCUUUAAUGCACAGUUGUAGUUGUUAAAAAUAGAGUGCUACUUAAAAGCAUGUCAGAAACUGCCAAGAGAAAAUGACUUUGCAUUUGGUCAAUUCAAAAAUUAAAGGAAGAAAUUCAAUACAGCUUUGGACAGCAUCUUUGGCUGUGAAAUAUGACUCAGCAGUUUCAGAAGCCAGCAAAAAGACAAAAGUCUAUGUGUUUAAAUGGAUAGUUUAUCCAAAAAUUUUAAUUGUUAUUUUUUACUCACCCUGAUGCCGUUCCAAACCUGUAUGACUUGACUUUCUUUUGUGGAAACACAGAUGCAUGGAAGUCAGAGGGGUCAAAUAUUCUUUUGGACCCCAGUGACUUUUAUUGUAUGGACAGAAACAGUAGCAACAGUGUUCAUAAUAUCUUCUUCUUAUGUUCCAAUUGAGAAAGUAAGUAAUACAGUUUUGAAAAACACAAGGUUGUGUAAAUGAUGACGGAAGUUUCAUUUUAGCGUGAACCAUUCCUUUAAUCGUUUUACAUUAGCCCUAUAUAUGGCUGUUGUUUCUCUUUUUUUUUUUUUUUUUAUAAACCGAAGUACAAAUCAAAAUAAUGUUUUGUGGUAACUGACAAUCACAGGUGCUGUCCUUAGAUCUUAAAGGGACAGUUCACCUUAAUAUGAAAAUGAUGCUAUCAUUUUUCUCACCUUCAUGACGUUUCAAACCCAAAAAUCACAAAUGAAGAUGUUUUUAAUAAAACCUGAGAGAGAUCUGUCCGUCAUUUAAAAUUAAUUCUGCCAAAACUCACACUUCAAAAUGUUCAUAAAGACACUGUAAAUCUAUAUGAAUCAAAUAUAAUUUAAUCCAGGUCUUCCGAAGAGAUACAAUCACUUUAUAUUUGCUUUCUAUUUACCAGAAAUGAUCAACUUUACACGCUUUGUGUGUUGAUCAAUGUAUAGAAGAGAACAAAAUCCAGCAUUAAAUCUGUUCAUCAUGUAAAGCGUUGAUUAUAAUGUAUUCAUGAUUUUUUUCAAGUAUGAAAGUUUUGGGAGAAUGGACUUUUGAUUGGAGAGAAUGCAGGUUUCGAAGAUGAUUAAAAGACUUCUGGGUUUGGAAUGACAUGACGGUGAGUAAAUGAUGACAGAAUUUUCAUUUUUGGUAAACUGUCCCUUUAACUUAUAUUUAAUAUUCUUUUAAUACAGUCAGUAUGUGCCUUGUAACACGUCCAGUAGUGUAAAAUUUUUGUAUUUUUAUUCAUGUAUACCUCAUUAAGAACAUGAGCAGCAGGACUACUGCAUGACUCUAUACUUUUAAUAUUACACUGGUCGACUUGCUGAGAAGAUUCAAGCUAUGCAUGUCCUAUGCCAUAUGUUUAUGAAUUAAAUGUCAUACGUGUUUGGAAAAUGUAAGAAGAGAUGCAAUUUAUAAUGAGUUUUAUUUUACGUGUUCUUAAGGCUUAAAGAUAGAAAUUGCACUUCAUUUUUUUGCGUCAAGGUUUGUUCAGUUUAAUUUGUACUACUAUAUACUCUAUAGCAUCUCAUGUCAUUUUAAUAUAGCAGUAUGAAUAUGUGAAACACUGAUUACAGAGCCGAGGGAUGUGCAUAUUUCAUAGAUUUUCUCUUUUUGUCACUAAAACCGUUGUAUAGACGUGACCAAAAUCAAUCGAUAUAGUAUUCCCCCACUGUGAAAUAUCUGACUUUAACUAUUACAGUCGAAUUUUAAGAUCUUGUAAAGUUUUAAUGUGCCAUAAUAAGUCAAAUGACUAAAUAUAUAUUUUGUAUUGUUUCUUACUUUCCUGUAUAUCAAAUCAGAAGUAAUUAAAACAUCUCACUUGGAUGUAGACAGCUGUAUCUGAUCUCAUUCUGCUAUCAUUCAGUGUGUGUGUUUUUGAUGCUUGGUUAUGUCACAUUUAUUUAACAUGUAUUCUUGGGGUUUGAAGCCACAUGAAUAAACUGCCUCUACACUGAA